CCUUGGUGAUCUAGCACUGUAUCAAAACACAGUCCUGGUGAUCUAGUGAUGAAUCCUAACACAGUCCCUAGUGUGUAUUAUAACACAGUACUUGUGAUCUAGUAAUGUAUCAUAACACAGUCCCUGGUGAUCAAGUAUUGUAUUCUGGGUAGAGUCCCUGGUGAUCUUGUAGGUAGCGUAUUAUAAAUACAGUCCUGGUGAUCUAGUACCAUAUCAUAACACAGUCCCUGGUGAUCUUGUAGAUAGUGUAUUAUAAAUACAGUCCUGGUGAUCUAGUACCAUAUCAUAACACAGUCCCUGGUGAUCUUGUAGGUAGUGUAUUAUAAAUACAGUCCUGGUGAUCUAGUACCAUAUCAUAACACAGUCCCUGGUGAUCUUGUAGGUAGUGUAUUAUAAAUACAGUCCUGGUGAUCUAGUACCAUAUCAUAACACAGUCCUGGUGAUUUAGUACUGUGUUAUAACACAGUCCCUGGUGAUCUACUAAUGAAUCCUAACACGGUCCCAGGUGAUCUAGUAGUGCAUUCUCGAUACAGUCCCUGGUGAUCCAGUGAUAUAGUUCGCUCCCGGUGAAGGUCCAUAGUGACCCAAAGGAAUAUAUUUCAACCUAAACUCCAGUAAUGCCGCCUUUCUCACUUUGUUUGUAUAUCCAGUCCCGCGUGGACCGGCGUAUAUCCUUUCCCCGAUCCUCAGAUAUCCAGGUGUCUAUUCCAUAUUGUGGUGCCUUGGUGGGGUGUAGGGUAGUUGGGGGUGUUGCUGUAGUAUAUGAGGGGUUAAUUUAACCCCUGUCACUCGUGACGCCAGGCUGAGGGUUAACACUCUGAGGUAAUGUUGGGCCUAUCGCCACCCUUCCCAAGAGCCAUAGGUGAGUGUAGAAUAACGGACUGUCCACAACCGGUCCUGAACUGAAAAACUUGUAGAAACUUUACUGAAGAUUUUCUGUACAUGCAGUAACGGUCCAGAUAACGGAGUCUAUAUACAGCACAGCAAUGACUGACAGAUGGUCGGGACCGGUAAGUUCUCUUUGGAGUAGGAGAAUUAGAUUGCAUAGAUCCGCUGGAUUUAGGGGUUUGUUUAGGUCCAGGGAUCUAGCGAAGAUUUCGGCAAUUGUAAGAACUCAAUUUGGAUUAUGGCCGAGGCCGCGAGGCUUUGGCCUAGUGGUUGCCGAUGGCAGCUGCGCAGAUCCUACCUCCUCAGCAGCCCACGAGGAAAGAGAGGGAUUAAUGGCCGCCGCUCCCUUAUAUGGGCAGGGGCUGAACCGUUUUAGAUUGGUCCAUGUCAGCUGUCACUCACCGUUAGAUAGGAUUGUGGGUGAUCACCUGACUAGAACCACUAAAGGUCCUUUAGCAAACCAUAGAGUUCUGUGAACCAAGUCACAUGACCCGCAGGUCCUGCAACGCUAACAAGGACUUUAAUGGGUCCUUACGGAAUGGACCGAACCGUUUACUGCAUGGAAUUCAGUGACUGCAUCAAUGGACUGGGAAUUAAGGUUAUUGGAGGAUUACGGGAGUUCAGCAGAGAAGAAUAUGGAGUUUACGUGAAAAGAAUCCUUCCUGGUGGAGUUGCCUAUUCUGAUGGACGUCUACAACCCGGAGACCAGAUUCUGGAAGUGAAUGGAGAGAGUCUGCUUGGAGUCUCCAACGACAGAGCUGUGGAUGUCUUACGGAUGGCGUCUGCUACCAGCUAUAUGCGACUCCUAAUCGCCCGGGACGAUGAGGCCAGGAAGGAAUUCUCUGAAUUGUUGGAGAAAUGCAGCUCUCACAGUGACAAUGGAUCUUCCCGGAGUUCUCCCAUAAUGCACAGCAGCAGGUACCUGGAAAGUACGUCUUCGGGGUCCUCCUCCCGCUCCCAGAGUCCUUUGCUCCUGAGUCCUGCCAGUUCUCAUAGCCAGUUUGGUGGGAGCAGCGGAGUGUCUUCAUACUCCACAGCAAGUGACUUGGGAGUCCAGAAUAUUUCCAUCCUCAAGUCUACCGGAUUGGGGCUGAUGAUCGGUGGAGGGUCCAACCGGCAGGAGGGGCCCAUGGUGUAUGUGCAGGAGAUGCUACCUGAUGGGGACGGCUUCCGAGACGGACGGCUCCGAUCGGGAGACCAGCUACUGUCCAUCAACAAAGACUCACUGAUCGGAGUCACCAACGAAGAAGCCAAACGCAUUUUGGCCAGAGCCCGAUUCAGACAGGACAGCUGCACGGACGUGUCCUUCAUACCAAAUACGGGCCGGAUCCCCAGUGUUUCUGGGUCCAGUAGUUCUUCUUCGUUGCAGCAAAGGUUAAUGGGAAAUGGACUUGCCUCCUGCAGACUGAAGGUCCAUGUCCGCUCCCCUGAGUGCCGACUUGAAAAUAACGUGCCUUCUCCAUCCCCCGAUAUCUGCCCCCCCGAACUCACCAUAUCAGCUCCAGUGUCUCCGCCAAAUCACAGAACAUCUCCAGGGAACAAGCACAAGGUCUCCUUACAUCCCCACGUCCGCAUCAAAGAGGACAAGCUGGAUUUGAUCCCGCAGUUCCUUGGGAUGGAGGUCUCGGAGGAGAAGAGGAGAGAUCUGCACCAGGGUCUGAUCACAGACUGUCAGGGGACAGUAGCAUAUGGAGAUUUCCUGCAGGCCCUCCGUGACGGUCUACAAGACGAGAUGGAAGACGCCGGUCUGGACUCCGGCUCCAUCCUCUUCACCCAUUAUGAAGCGGCCAGUCUGCUGGACACGUGUGCGUUCCAUUCCCCGGUCACAAAGGAGAUGGAUGUUCCGAGGUUCUUCGAUAGCUUGGAUAUGGAGAAACUGCAGGACGAGGUGUUGGAGCUGAGGCAGGAGGUGCGGCGGCUUAAGAUUUUACUUCGAGAAGCGGAAAAGAGUAAAAAAGAAGCGGAAGAAGAACUUCAGAAGAUAAACCAGAAAGUGACAGUACUCCUAUCCGAGAAUAGAUGUUUUCAGAACAAGCUGCAGGUAGCAGAGCUGGCCCAGCGCCAGGCACACAGCGCCGAACACGACUACGAGGAGGUCAUCCAGCUUCUGGAGACCGAGAUCAUCGAACUCAAAAGCCAGAUGUCAGGGAAGAAGAAGCUGAUGGCCAUAGAGGUCCAAGAGGGUAUGGACCUCAACAGGCGGUUGUCACUGUCCGAUUGUCAACUGCGGAAGUCUGAAGUGACUCGCAAACAUCUGGAAGUGUCCAACAAAAAACUACUAAGCUUUGUACAGAAAGUACAAAAAAUAUUAUCAACGUCGCUCCAGCUCGAUGUCGAAAAAAGAGCUGGGGAUGAAGAAGAGGACGAUCCUGGUGAGAGUCCCCUGAACGUGUGCCUGCCCUCCGCCCAGAUGCUGGCUACAGAGGUCUCUGACAUCCUGGAGUCGUGUACAGCCUGUCCCUUCUCCUGCAGCGAUUUUCACAAGUACAACCGAACAUCACAUCAACCGGGACCCUCAAGCCAAAAAGAGAGCUGGCCCUCCCCGCCGUCCCCGCUAUCCACGCACAGCCUCAGCCGUAGUGAAGAAGUUUUGUACACAGCCACAGGAUCGAAGGGUAAACCCAAAUAAUCCAAAACCGACGGCUAAACGGGAUCGGCUCCACCUGCCCUGCCAAUGGAGGGAGCCACAGCCAAACGCUCUCCGGACCAUGUCACAUGACCGCGCCUUGUGUCAUCCCCAUAAAACCAAAGAAAUCCCCAGGAAACUUACAACCAAUAUGGCCGCUGGACAUCACCCAGCAAGGACAAAUCUGCCAAACUUUUUUUGGAAAAGCUGGAUGAUACCCCAGGGGGGCUUCUUUGGUGGUCACCGGAGAAGAUGACUCGAGGUCUGGAGAUUUCUUGAUUUUAGGGGAAAUGGUCUCCAUGCAAUAGAAAUGGCUGGAUGAUGGACAGGACUACACACAGUUCACUAUCACUGUCAUCUGGAUAGGACUGCACACAGUUCACUAUCACUGUCAUCUGGAUAGGACUACACAC